UCAUAACAAUUCGAGUCGUGAUCAGAGCGAGAAGUGAGGUGCGUUCCUCGAACAGUUUUACAGUAUAUUCCUUCAGUAGUAAUGAAUAACGUUCAGAAACCUUAAGAAAGGAUAAUUGAAAGGGUGAUACAACAAUAAACCGAGAGUGCUGGUAAACAAUGAAUAGAGAGUAGAGUAAAUGAAAGUUGUUCUUUUAACACUUCCGAGUUCCACAUAGAUAGAAGAUAUCCGAGCACACCUGUUGCCGAUUCCCGUUCAGUCUGGAUGCGGUUGAGUGUAUUGUGUUACACCGCAUUGGAGAGAACGCCAACCUGUCGUUUACGUAGCUUCCUACUUACACACAAACUUUUUUUGUGUGCUUUUUUGCUUUCCCGUUUAUAGUUUUUAUUGUCGCAUCAAAGCAGCAUAAAAAUAUAACACAAACACACAGCCAGUGACCGUUGAUCAUGAUCUCCACCACGACCAUUGAAGUACAAGCGCUUGAAAUGUUUCAACGUGUAUUAAUUUUUGCUAGUAAAAAAUAUAUUUAUCAAGAAAACCAGUUAUAAGUUCUAACUCCAGGCAUUUCUCAAGUUGCCAGUUAAUCCCUUCAGUUUUCAUUAUGUUGAACCGUGAGUUUACGGAAAAUUUUUUAUCACACUCUCAGAAGCGUGAUUAUUAGUUUUAAUGCAUUUCAUCGAACCCAAUCGAAUGAAAUGCAAUUGAAAUUGAAUGGGAUCAGUGGAUUAAGCCAACAACGGUGAAACAUCUCAGUGAUUGUGAUCAUAAGAAAUAAAAUGAAAAUAGAUUUGUGACCUCUACGCAGUAGUGAACAUAGUAGGCGAGAUUGAGUGGCCAAUCUUUACCUUUUGAACUUAUAUCUACAUAUAUCAAAAAUAGCACCAAUUAAAUGGAUUUGUUGCUUUUAUGUGAUCUUAGUACAGUCGUGAGAAAAUUUAACAGAUGUUGAACUCGUAGUUAUUACUAUUGAAAAAUUAAUUAUUUUGUAAAUUGGCUUUGUCAGUAUAAAAUUAUAUGCCCACAAUUUACAAAACAUUAGGAUUUGUAAUUUGGUUGGAAGAAGCUUACUACUAAAUUAGAAAUUUGUGUUGAUAUACUAUCGCGAACAUUAUUGAGCAACUGUAUGGAAGACUCAGCUCUAGGGAAACUGAACGGUUGAAGCUCAGUGCACCGUCUGCGGAUAAUGAGUCGUUGCACGUAACGAAAGAUACUGUUGCUACCACCAUCAUCACAAAGGAUCCCAGACAACGCUGAGAAUGAGCACAAUGAUGGGAACAGUUCGCAGCGAAGUCUACAAAACGUGCAGAAGCGACUGUGGUAGAAAAUGAAACCGUCGGUGUCACCGAUUCGUCUUUUCUAUUCUCGCAACCACUUGCAAAGUUUAUCAACUGCAUGAAUCCUCCGUACAGAAUGCCUCCGCAGCCCCUUGGGACAUCAUGUAGUGUGCAAAAUGACCAUCCUAUUCCCGGCACAGCAGCUACAGGCACGGUAUCAUCAUUAUCAUCGUCGCCGUCAUCGUCAGCAGCUGUAUGUGCAACAAUAGGCUCCUCCCAGCACCUGCCGAGCCCGCCCCUGCGAACUCAUUCCAGUAAGUUUCCGAUCGAACGAGAAUUAGUUUUAUCAUCCAACAAGAAUGCAUCGAAGAUUCCUCUAAUGCAUGAUAACAGAAAGACGAGUAUUCCAUUGUUGAACCGGUCAUCAGGUUCUGCUGUAGGUCCUGAAUUGCCAACCAAACAAACACAGGCGUGGAAUCAAGCACAAAUUGAAGUCAUUCAUUCUUCCAUUACUGGAACUAUUCCCCGUAACGCCGUUCGACUUCCCGAAGAUGUGACGGCUUUAGCUGAACGAGAUAGCACUGUUAAGGACAGAGAAACUGUUAAGAAUUCUGUAUCGAAAAACUAUCAUAAACUUAAAGGCCUCAUCUCGUCCAAGUUUAAAAAAGAAAUCGCGGAAUGUGCGAAUGAUGAACUGAACAACAUGUCCUCGAUUCUUCAACAACAACAACAACCCGACAGCCUCGGAUCAUCUUUCCUUGUAUCAGGAAAUAAUCCGGGCAACAAUUUAAAUCACACUCAAUCUAACAUUAAUCUUUGGAGUACAAACGUAAGAGGCAAUUCGCCCUUGUACUACCAUAAAAAGUUUGCUGAUCCAGCCGAUGGCUACAAUGGCGACUCGUUGAAUGGAUUCCGUAACAUGAAGGCUAUGUCUCAGCCUCAGUUGAAUACAGUAUCUGGUAGUCAGAGUUUUCCUAAUUUCUCUCCAAAUCCGAUGGAUGGUACUGACAGCGACGAUGGUGGAUUUCGACAGCAUAAUCCUACCAGAACAGACACUUCAAAUCCAGUACAACAAAAUAAUCGACAGACUCAACAAAAUUAUGUUCAUAUCUAUCGUCACAACCAUCCACAAGGAUCUGGUCAUCAAAGUACUCAAAUGACACAAUCCAAUUAUCAACAAACUCCUCAAGCCCGGCAUAAACUGUUAGCCGAGUACUCAGAUAACCACGUUGCGCAUUCGCAUGCAUCUCACACGACCAUCAAUAUUGGCGAAUCAAGUUAUAGCGGUCAUGAGCAUGUAGAUAAAUCCCAAAAGUCUAAUGGAAUGCCAACUCUGGGACAGAAACCUCCAGUUGGGAAUCCCGGUUCGCACGUAAGUGACAACAAUAAUGUAAACAACAACACUAUAGUUCAGAUUGCCUCCGAUGCAUCUCAUGUAAUUCAGAAGCAGAUUGACUCAAUAUCCAGUUCAGAUUACGAUCGUAAUGGAAAUCAUAGCUCGAAUGUUGACUCUGGGCGAGGAAGUGCUGCUUAUUCGAGCGGCAGAAAGGGAGGCGUACAGCAAUCGAUAAAUAUGAAUCUAGUUGAACAAGUCGACCGUAACCGAAGCAAAUCAGAGUCUGAAUGGAUUGACGUAGUAGAUGCGGAGCUGCGUAACAUUCUUGAACCGGAAAUGAAGGGAAUGAUGAAUCGGCCGGAAAGCACCGUAUCAGAAAGUGCAUCCUCAAUGUCUCCACCAUUGCCACCUCUUUCGCCCGAUGGAGGAGUUUCUUACAAUGCAGGAGUUUCUAAUCACUCAAAAUUAUCCAACAGAAAUCAACCCAAGCUGGAGUACGGAACCGAUACGUACAAUCGAGCCAGUAAAAAUCCUCAGCCGAUCGGUCCGUCCAAAGGGCAUCCAUCAAACAACACAAUUCAGAAUUACAUGCACAAUCUAAAGUUAUCAUCUGGCAGUAAAAAACAAGAGCAAACACUUCUGAAAAAGCAUUUAUUCGGGUUGGAUUCAGAUCGGGCUUCAGUAACAAAUACAACUCGUUCUCUCGAUUUGGAAUCGCUUUUAGGAGGACCAUGGGAAGCCGGUCAGUCUGUUAGUGAGUCAGAAACUGAUGGUGGUGGCCUCCAGCAAAUCCGAAAUCAACUCGAAGGCUUAGAAACGAUGUAUAGUGAGGUGCUGAAGAUGUUAGGAAAUAGAAUGGCUGGCUACGAUGUUCAACAACGAGCGAACCGAAGAAGACGACACGGUAGUCUAUCUUCACUUCCAUCCAGUUCAGUUAGUGGCCGUCCAAUACGAGAUCGCAGGCGAACAGAUGAGCGACGUAAAGUUCGUGAUAUUCGAGGGAUCAACAAACGUUUUCAGCGAUUGGAGUCACAUGUGGUAACCCUUGCUCGAAGUGUAGCACAUCUAUCGUCCGAAAUGCGCUCUCAGCAUGUUGUGUCCCAGGAACUGGAAGAAAUUCGGAAUGACAUGGCAAUGCUAAGAACUCAAUCGAUGCACCACAUACCACUCAACGCUAGUUCUGUAGCAACAGCUAAUGUUACUGCAAAGGAGCCAAUGAACUUGACCAAUCCCAGACGAGUUAAGAAACUGACCAAAUUUUUUGGCGAAGAUCCACCGUUGAUGAAACUAUUUCUGAAAAAAUUGGGCUAUGAGAAAUAUGCCUCCAUUUUCGAGAGCGAACGAGUCGGAAUGAUUGAGCUUCCAUAUCUAGGUGAGGAGAGACUGCAAAAGAUGGGUAUACCCCUGGGACCGCGAUUACGAAUCUUGCAGGAGGCUCAAAUUUCUCUUUGUCGGGAUACUACACUUUGCAUCGUUUAAGUUUUGCAUCGUUUUCUAUAGCAUCGUCACAAAAACAUGGAUUCGAACCAACCAAAGACAACAGUAGGUACUUAUUAUUAUUCUUACAAUAUCCAGUGAAUUGUCUCGUGCUGACUUGAGCCGUAAUGGCGAAGUAUAUUGUACAUUUGAUUACUUUGCCUGUGUAACUGAUGAUAAUAAAUGAAUACUCAAUCAUUACA